AUGUCCCUGACGCAGAAUUUGCUGCAGGUGUUGAAGGCCAUGAAGGACGUCCACGGGUUUGGUAGAAUUUUGGAAAAAGUGACUCUUGUCUCUGCUGAUCCUGGGAAAGUGAUUUGUGAAUUGAAAGUAGAAGAGGAGCAUACCAAUAAAUUAGGCACGCUCCAUGGAGGCCUGACAGCCACCUCGGUGGAUAACAUGUCAACACUGGCUCUGCUAUGCACAGAAAGGGGAGCACCUGGAAUCAGUGUGGAUAUGAACCUAAUGUACGUGGCACCUGCUAAAAUAGGAGAGGUCGUAGUGGUCACAGCACGUGUUCUGAAGCAAGGAAGAACCCUUGCAUUUGCCUCUGUGGAUCUGACCAACAAGACCACAGGAAAAUUAGUAGCACAAGGCAGACACACACAACACCUUGGAAGCUGA